AUGGUUCGCGAGAGUGGGAUUUCGGCUACCAAGCCUAUCUUCCCUAACUUCUUGCUUCCUAGCAUCAAGCUACCAUUCACGCGUCGCCAGUCAGGCUCCUCGAGUUCGGCAUCAUCGGCGGUGACAACGCCAGCAAGCUCACCCCCGAGCGGUGGGAUUUUUGCAAGAGUAGAAAAAGGUCGAAUAUCCCGUACCGCACCGAAUACGCUACGCUGCUCGACCUGCUCGGCCGAUAUCGCUUUUGCUUCUCAGAUUAUUUCCAAAGGCUUCACCGGCCGGUACGGUCGUGCAUUUCUCGUCGCCCCUCCUGCACUCCCAGCACCCCAGACGUUGAGCAAUAUUCGGGUCGGAAAGAGUGAGAAUCGACAACUCGUAACAGGAUGGCACAUUGUGGCAGACAUUAACUGCGGGUCAUGCUCAACCAAGCUUGGCUGGAAAUAUGUUGAUGCUAAGGAGCAAGGCCAAAAGUACAAAGUGGGCAAGUUCAUCCUAGAGGUUGAGCGGGUGGUCACCUACCGAAGCUGGGAGGACGCCAUCGACGAGGACGUCUCAGAACCUGCCAUGAUGAACAGGGACGGCGACGAAGACGAGAUUGUGUUUGAUUCUGACGAUGACGAUGAAUGUGAGGAUAUUUUUGCGGGAACAUGGGACGCUGAAGUAGUAGAAGGGAGACGAAGGAGAAUGGUGGCACGUCGAAGUCAAGCCGAGAACAACGAGUAG